UCUCUCUCUCUCUCUCUCUCUCUCUCUCUCUCUCUCUCUCACACACACACACACACAGUUCUCUCUCUAAAAAGAUGGAGGACAGUUCGUCGAGGCAGGGCACCGUGACGUGUGCUUCGUGGAUCCGGCGGCCGGAAAACGCCCAUCUCAUGGUGGUAGGAAAGGCCAGGCACCGUGAUCAAUCCUCGCUCAUCGAGAUCUUCUCCUUCGAUUCCAAGACCUCCUCUCUCUCUUCCGAACCCUCGGCUUCACACGUGAUUGAAGAAGGGGACCCUGUCAGCAUCGCCGUGCACCCAAGCGGGGACGACUUCGUUUGCUCUAUCACCACUGGUGGCUGCAAAGUGUUCGCGGUGUACGGUCAUAAAAUGUCGGCCAAAGAAUUUGUUCCUCUCCAAGGUAGUGGCUUUCAGAAAUGCCUAGCUUUUAGUGUUGAUGGAUCUAGAUUUGCUAGUGGUGGAGAGGACGCGCAUCUCAGAAUCUUUGAAUGGCCAAGCUUGUGUGUCAUUUUAGAUGAACCAAGAGCUCACAAGUCCUUCCAAGAUAUGGAUUUUAGCCUAGACUCAGAGUUCUUAGCUACAACAUCUACUGAUGGUUCUACAAGAAUAUGGAAGACAAAUGAUGGUAGGUUUCGCACUGCGGAGGACCCCAGCUUUCCUAUUGACUGAACGCUGGCGCUGCUCCACCUAUCCACCAACUUUCU